UGUCGGAAGACAGCCUGCACACCGCCACUGGGACCCGUGACAAAGAGGAAGCCUCAAAAGAUUGGUAUGCUCUAGUUGCCUCCCUCCCAAAGAAGGAAGACCUGCAAUCUAUAGCCCAGGAGGUAAAAUCAACACUCCGGACGGAGAUAGCCUCACUGCACACCUCCCUGACAGACCUGGAGGGAAGAGUGGCAGCCCUGAAGUCUGCAGGCUUAGUACUACAUCAAUCACACAAUACUGACAGACAGCACAUAGACCUGCCGCUCCAUGUUGAAGAUUUAGACAACAGGAGCCGCAGGAAUAAUAGAGUGAGAGGGCUACGAGAAACAGCAGGCCAAGAAAAUCUGAGGGAGAAUCUAACACCACUAUUCCAUACUAAAUAG